AUGGCGGUCGACUCGCAAGAAGCCAUCCGCCUGGCGUUCCUUCUCGAGCCAGGCCACAACCACUGGCAGCACGUGUCAGGAGUGGGCUACGCCGAUUUCCGCGCCUUCCUGCGCGCCCAGCGGGACACGUGGCGGCAGGAGCGCGAGGCAAGCAGGGAGGAGGAGUGGCGCGCAGCACCCACAGCGCCCCAUGCUGACGUGGCUCCUCCAGAAGCUGAUGCAGGGCAGAAGGCUCAAGGGAAGGUCGAUAUGGGGGAGGUUAGCAUGGGGGAGGAGGUUGAUACGGGGAAGGCUGCUGCUGCUGUAGCAGCAGCACUUGGAAAGCCAGAACCUGCGCAAGUUACUCAACCAGCAACAACCGCGCAUGUUGCUGCUGCAUCCUCUAAAGCUGCUGCUCCCACUUCUGAUGGGCCUGAGGAGCAGAGGGAAAGCGGAAUAGAGGAGGAGGUGGCGAUACGGAUCAGCGCAGCCAGUGGCGCAGGUGCUGCUGGUGUAUCUUCUGAUGCGCGCACGGACAGGGAGAGAGGGGACGAGGAAGGUGGGAAUGAAGUUGCAUCAUCAUCAUCCGCAGCAGUGGAGGAGGAAGAAGAGGAGGAAGUAGGAGUAAAGAGACGAGACGGAGGAGCGGGGUUGGCAGCUUCAGCAGCAGCAGCAGAUGUAGCAGCAGAAAAUCAAAGGGACAAGAAGGAACAGCAGGGCAGCAAGCACAAGGACGGCAAGCAGGACGAGAGCAAGCACAAGGACGGCAAGCAGCCGCCGUCCCCUCCGGCCCUCCCUGCUGGCUUCACCUCCUCCAUCUGCAGCGUUCUCCCAGAAGCUUCUCGGAACGUUCUUCCUCCUCCUCCUCCUCGGCCUGGGGCAGCAGGGGAAGCGGAGGGGAAGAAGGGUGCGAGGAGAGGGAGUGAAGGGGCAGGGAGCGAGGGGGGUGCGGGGAAGGCGCUGGAGAGGAGGAGAUCGGCAGGGGAGGCGGUGGCAGGGAGGGGGAGUGGGGAGGUGGGCCCACCUGUGCGCAUGUGUGCUGUCUUCGAUGAUUGCCUCGCUUCAGUGAACAAGGUGCAGUUCGCCCGGCACCACCCUGACCUGCUCGCCUACGGGGCAGCGGACGGCACGCUCCGGCUGUGCUAUGUGCCGUGCAGCCGGGGGGGCAAUAAGUCAGGUGGCGCAGGGGGGAAGCGGGGCGCUGCGAGUGUAGCUCGAGUGAAGCACGAGCUUAAAGGGCACACCAAGGAGGUGACUGACUUUGAUUGGUCCACGGAUGACGACUACCUGUGCUCGUCGUCGGCGGACAAGAGUGUGCGCGUGUGGGACGUGGGGUCGGGGCAGUGCCUGCGCAUCAUCUACACAGUCAUUCCACAGACCUGCAUCAUCUUCCACCCGCAAAACAACAACUUCCUGGUGGUGGCGAACAGCAAGAGGGAGCUAACGGUGAUGAACUUCAGCACGGGGCGAGUGGUGAGCCGCGUGGCCAUGGACAGCAACGUCACUGCCCUCGUCGCUGAUCGGACCACCAUCGCCUCCUCUGCAGCAGCUGGUUCUGCCACCACCAGCGGCAGCAGCGGUGGAGGAGGCGGAGGAGGAGCGACGAGCAAGGCUGGAGCAGCGGCGGCGGCGGGAAGCGGUGGGUUUGGAGGGGGAGCAGGGGAGGCGGACAGUGUGGUGUUUGUGGGGGACAGUGAGGGCGCCAUUCACAGCUUCACAGUGGACAAGCAGUCGGGCGCUCUGCUGCGCCGCCACAAGACCGUUGCUGGCGUCGUGCACCCGGCGCCAGUGGCUUCUCUGCACUACAGCCCGACAUCCGUGCUGGCGAAUGGGCCGGUGCUCCUGGCAUGCAGCAAGGAUGGCUGCGUGCGCUUCUACACCACUGCACUGGAGCUCAACGGAUAUCUCUUCCUCAAGAUAUCGCUGCAGCUCUCCUCGCGGGCCACCAACAUGAACGCUGCCUUCUGCCCCCCGCUUGGGCCCUCCGGGUCGGGGGAAUACAUCGUGACGGGCAACGCCGACCAUCACGUGUACUUCUACGACUUCAUGAAGCCUCGCAGUCCACUCGUGGCGCGCAUUCCUGGACACAAGGCGAUGGUGGUGGAUGUGAGUUGGAACAACAGCAACACUGUGCUUGCCUCCUGUGACUGCGAUGGGGUGGUGGCACUGUGGCAGCGGGUUUAG